CCUUCCGUUCGACUUUCGUCGUGGAGGAAGAGAGCGUGAGAUUGCAACUAGAGAUUUUAAGUUUUUUUUCUUAUAAUUAUCCAGAUUUAUCAUUUCAGAAACCAGGCAGAAUCAAGUAUUCGAUUUAUGUAGGAGUUACCUUUUCUCAUUCAUCUCUGGUUGUUGUUUUUGUUGUCGAUCGAAGGAGCAAUAUAAGGCUUCAUCGGUUUGGAUUUCGGGCGGAAGGGAUGAGCUUCUGAUUAGGGUUUCCAUCUGAACCUAUAUAUAAGUAUAUGCCUUAAUUCUUCAACCCAUUUCGCUGAAUUGAAAGAAAUGCCUGGCAUCAGAGAUGUUUCGAGGGAAGAUUUUUAGUUGCAUGCUCCAUCUGGAUGGGGGAGAUCCUGAGAAAGUGUUUUGUUGACCGGGGUUAGGACAGGAUUUGGUGUUAGGGUUUGUAAAUAUGAUAAAGCAGAUACUUGGGAGGCUACCUCGGAAGCCUUCUUCGAAAUCGGCUCCUAAUGAUGCUGUUGACGGAGGUGUUGCCAGCGCCGUAGGUCAUGGUCUUAAUAACUCGAGAGCCUCUUCCGCUCCUGGGAAAUCUUCAAAUGCAAGCACUGGUCUUUCCCGUACUAACAAUGGGGCUUCCGCCCAGCAAUCCUCCACUACAAAUAAAACGAAUGGAGGAAAGAAAUCUCCGGCUUUUGCUUCCCAAGCGGGGCCUUUGCCGGUGUCUAGUGCCUACGAGGCACUUCCUAGCUUUCGGGAUGUUCCCAAUUCGGAGAAGCAGAAUCUAUUUUUUCGGAAGAUUAACAUGUGUUGUGUUGUAUUUGACUUCACCGAUCCUUCUAAGAAUCUCAAAGAGAAAGAUGUAAAACGGCAGACGCUGCUCGAACUUGUUGAUUACAUUUCCUCUGUUUCUUCCAAGUUCAAUGAGAUGAUGAUGCAAGAGAUUACAAAGAUGGUAGCUGCGAAUUUGUUCCGCACGUUUCCAUGUUCAAAUCACGAUAUCAAGCUCUUGGAAUGCUAUGACCCGGAGGAUGAUGAACCCACAAUGGAACCAGCAUGGUCUCACCUUGAGAUUGUUUAUGAGUUCUUCCUGAGGUUUGUGGCUUCAUCGGAGACAGAUGCGAAGCUGGCAAAGAGAUACAUCGAUCACUCAUUUGUGUUGAGGUUGCUUGACCUUUUUGAUUCAGAGGACCAAAGGGAAAGGGAAUACCUGAAGACAAUACUCCAUCGUAUCUAUGGCAAAUUCAUGGUGCACCGUCCAUACAUCAGGAAAGCCAUAAACAACAUCUUUUACCGGUUCAUUUUUGAGACCGAGAAGCACAAUGGGAUCGCGGAACUGCUCGAGAUCUUAGGCAGCAUAAUCAACGGGUUCGCAUUGCCUCUGAAGGAAGAGCACAAGCUUUUCCUUGUGCGGGCUCUGAUCCCGCUACACAAGCCCAAGUGUGUUUCUACAUAUCAUCAACAGCUUUCAUAUUGCAUAACUCAAUUUGUGGAGAAGGACUUCAAGUUGGCAGAUACAGUGAUUCGUGGUCUUCUAAAAUAUUGGCCUGUAACUAACAGUUCGAAAGAGGUUAUGUUCCUUAGUGAGCUAGAAGAAGUUCUAGAGGCCACCCAAGCAGCAGAAUUCCAGCGAUGCAUGGUACCUUUGAUCCGCCAGAUUGGUCGCUGCCUCAACAGCUCACAUUUCCAGGUAGCUGAGCGAGCAUUAUUCCUGUGGAACAAUGAUCACAUAAUAAAUCUCAUCACGCAGAAUCGUAAGGUGAUAUUGCCCAUAAUAUUCCCUGCCUUGGAGAGGAACACCCGGAGCCACUGGAAUCAGGCUGUCCAGAGUUUAACAUUGAACGUGAAGAAGAUCUUUACGGAUUCUGACCCAGAGCUUGUGGAGGAGUGCUUGGCGAAGUUCCAAGAAGAUGAAGAGAAGGAAAGGGAGACAAGGGAGAAACGGGAAUCAGCCUGGAAGCGCUUGGAAGAUGUGGCAGCCUCAAAGGCUAUUAGCAAUGAGGCUGUGCUCGUCUCCCGGUUUGUGUCAUCCCUGGCUGUUGCUUCCUCCACAAGUCCACGAGCUGCUGUUGGUAGUUAAGAGAGCCAUGAAUCCUGCAAAUCAUCUAAUACUUGGUGGUGGGAUCCCAUGGUGGAGUCUAGCUGAUGGUGGGUCACUUCUCUUUCCCCGUGUUUCUUCUACAUAUGUUUUUGUAUUACCUCCUGCAGGUUGCGAAGAAGAAGAUGGGGUUGUGUGGUUAUUGACUUGGUAUCCAUUUUGGGCUCUUCAGGCAACUAAUUGUAUGUAUCAUAAGGGAUUUGGUUAUAGAGGUAGUGUCUCUGCGGAUUUCCUACCUGCUGAUCGUUAUUUUAAUUAUUAUGUAAUGGUGAUGCAAGAGAUUCUGCUCUUUAUGCUUUUGCCCUGUGAAUUUUUUCCCUACUAGAGGCAUUCAAAGUUGCCCAAUUCGAAUGAAAUUUAAGGCUGUAUUUGUACAUAA